GCCCGCAUCAUCUCCCACAUGAACGCCCAGCACACCCGCGAACUCUCCCACUAUCUCCGCCACUACAACGGCCUCUCCCCGCGCGCCGCCGCAGCCUCUCCCGCCAUCCAGGAUCUCGACUUUGACGGCAUGACCCUCAAGACCAGCAACGGCACCACCUACAGCGUCCCCUUCUCCCCUCCCCUGACGUCCUGGGCCGAGGCGCGCCCCCGCGUCAUCGCCAUGGACGAAACCGCCCGCGAGGCCCUCGGCCUCAGCAACAUUUAUAUCAACGAGUACGCCAUGCAGCAAGGCUUCGACUGGGCGCCCUUUUUCGGCGUCAUCUUCUACUACUUCUGCGCCGUUGGCUUGCCGUGGCUUGAGCCGGGAAGCGUCCCGUGGGAGGUCCUCAAGGUGGUGUUUCCAGGAGGGCCUGAGUGGUUCCGGUGGGUUGUCAAGGCCAUUUUCUGGCCGGUCAUCGGGAUCCAUGUGACAGAGGCGUUCCUGCUUGACCGAUGGAGGCUACAGAAGCACAGCGUGGCGAGGUGGUCUCGGGUGUGGUGGAUGUGGGAGAUUACCAUCUUCUGUGAGGGCUUGACAUCGUGGAAGAGAUUUGAUAGGCUAGUUGCCGAGAAGAAGGCUGAGAAGGAGGACAAGAAGAACUGAUGCUCUGCGUAUGUAUGUUCCAACAGCAAAAUACGGCGCAAUACGACAUUAUAAUUCUAGUUAGAAUCUACCUAUGCGACUAUGGUCUACAUAACUCGCUUUGUCACUAUUUUAAUCACCAGUCUACAUUCUGUUGUUCUCCCAAUCUUGUAAUAAUUGCGCAGUUCACAAAUCAUCAUAAUCGUCAUAUGUACCUUGCAUCGCCUGUGUGCUUACCCAUUCCUCACUGGCCA